GAUGUAUUUGCUCGCUGCAUAAUGGGAGAUUUCUUUCAAGUAUUUGGGUCAUAAACAAACGACUGAGUGAACAAGGAAGCAGGGGGGCGAGGGGGCUACAGGGGUGAGGGGAUUGUAGGGCAGGCAAACAAAACUGCUCCGAAACACAUGGACUUUCCCCCACGUGAAUUAACAUUCAAGCGCUGAUCUCUCCCUGUUGAGCAACGAGGCCAAAGAGAAGAGGAGAUAGAUGAGACAGAGGGAGGGCUGUGGGAUGUCAUGUGUAAAGAAGGAGAAUCUCAUUGGAGGCAAAGAGAGAGAAGAGUGCAAUGCAUGUUUCAGGGGGCGAAAAGGAACAAAAUAGAAGCAUUUUACAUGUUGAAGCCAUCUUGGUCUCACUGCUACAGCCAGAACAGAACAUCAGAUAAAAAUUGAGUGGCCUUGGAUGCAAAGCUGUAACAAAAGUGAAAUGAUGUCCUCAAAGAUGAAGUGGCUCCUUGUGAUCCAGCUCCUUCUGGUUGAACAGGCUCUGUGCAGGGUCCCUCCUUCUCUGGCACCAAGAACCCCUCCCCCUCCACAAACUGACCUUCAUGACGAUUUUGAGAAACAGGAUCAUCAUUCUUUCCAUGGAUCGCAGCUCCAGCUUGGCCUCCCAACAGCAGGAAAACCUGCAUCAGAGAUUGACAAAAAAGACAAGAGAGUUCAAGCUGAAAAACUUUUAUCACUUCUCAGGGAGAAACUUCAGAGUCAGAUACAAGAUCAUCUGCGCAUUCAGGGGAGUGUCAGCUGUGCUGAGCUGUUGUCAGCCAGCACCCUGGAUGACCCAUCAUCCUCCAUGUUCCCACAGGAGCUGCUAGGCCUGUCUUUAGUGCCUGUGCUGGUGGUGGCAGGCUGCCAACAGGAGGCUCAGACCCUAGUGCUCAAACUGUACGAGCUGCUAGGAGAGGCUGACACAGAGGAUCUCCUGAUGGAGGUGAAGGAUCUGAUAGAGAGGAGGAUGAGCAAGUCUGCAUCGAAGCCUGCACCAGCAUCUUCAGAGAGGGACCAAGCAGGGCGCCACAUGGAGGCUGUGAUGUUCAACAUCCAGCAACUGGCCUGGACAAGAGAAGAAACCAUGACACAGGAGGGGCACUGUGAAGGCUGGAGCAGGGUGAAUGGGACAACACUGGUGGGAACAGCUGUGGAAGGAGCCACAGGUGAUCUCGAGGAGGCUGUGAGCACCUGUGAGAGACUGGGAGUCAUGUGUGCUGGUGUGAGCAGCAGUGGGCUGCUAAAACACAGGAAAUACCAGGCCCUGCUUCGGAAAGGUAGUCACAUCCUGCCCUCUGAAUCCUCCGAGUCUGAAAUUUGGAUCCGACAGUGCAGCGCAGAGGAGGAUGUUUUCAUCCCUGCAGGUUCAAGUGGACGGACGAAGAGGAGCCCCCAGAGAAGCUGCAUCAACAAGAGCGAGGAACGUGUGUACAGUGUGGUGGAGUGGAUCCCUGCCGUCAGCACCCUCUACAACCUCGGAACUGCUGUGUAUUACGCCUCGGUCAACUGCUCUGAAACGGCCAAAGAGAGAGCCAUCCUCAGUGCCGUUGACAUUGGCACCGAUGCUCUCAUGGUGGCUACGGGGGGGACAGCCGGAGUGGCAGGUUACGCGCUUGGUGCAGGAGUGAAGACGGGGGUCAAAGCUGGCGUCAGGUAUCUGCUUAACUCCAUGAAGCAUGAAGACGAUGUAUUGGUGAACCAGCUCAGCACGGAGGAUGGCAUCUUCACCAUCCAAUAGACUGGAAGAUCAAUAAACCAAACGAUGAAGCUCCAGCAAUAAAUACGAUCAUAAAAAUAUAACACAUUGAUUUUUGGGAUUAAAAGUAGAAUAGAUUAUAUGAACACAAGACAACAUGUACUUUGGCUCAGAGGAUUAUCAAAAACAAGAUCUGUAAAAACAAGCCUAAAGGUAUAAUAUGCAACUGGUAGAGUAGAUGUCCAUCAGUCUCUCAGACCAAAAUAAAGACCUCUCACUGGUGAUUCAGGGUUAGAGUGCAAAAAACUGCAGUUCCUACAGAGUCCACUUGAGGCUGACUAAAAAGUCUCUCAGGUCACAUUUAUAUCCUUUCAAAAUGCCCACUUUUAUGGCAGAAAUACCUUGAAACUAGUCAUCCUGCUCUGUAAGCUGCUGUAAGUCUGUUUUUAAAAUCUCUAAAAGAGGAUAAAGAUUUAGGUUGUCAAAAGUCAUUACCCAGCAAUACAUCUUCUAUAGUAAUGUUAAAAUGUUGCAUAUUAUGCCUUUUAUUUUACAUUAUAUGUCAUAAUAACAUUUGUUUAUUUUAAGCUAUUUCAAUGAUCUUUGAUAAGCUCUUAAAUGACUGGAUUAGGUUUUGUACAUAAAAGUGUUAUUUAAAUUUUGUUUGAGUGAAAAAUUGAUUCAGUACACAUCCACUGUACACAUUUCAAAACUUGUACAGAAAUAAGCAGGAUCCUCUAAGCUUUGAACUGUUUUACUUUUGUAUUUUGGGCAGAACAGUGGUGCCAUUUAUAAUGUUAAACAAAUUUGAAGAAAUGGUCUCAGGAAUUCAACGUUCAAUCCCUGAACAUAAUCAUUUUCACUUGGUUGGAUUACUUUAAAACACUGCCACCUAAAAGUCACCUCAGCUGAUAUUACAGGGACUUUAUUUGUGAUUGUUUUUUCUUUAAUGUCACUAAAUUGUAUAUUAAAUCUGUUU